AUGGCCAAGUCAAUUCUCCUCAUCAAUGGGCCCAAUUUGAACCUUCUUGGGACCCGGGAACCAUCCAUAUACGGAAGCACAACCUUGCCACAAGUCGUGGAGUCUGCAUCAUCGCAAUGCUCGCGACUUUCGAUCACCUUUUCGCACAUUCAGUCCAACCACGAAGGCGUCCUGAUAGAUCGCAUCCAUGAAGCACGUGGCAACGUUGAUGCUAUUGUGAUCAACCCUGGAGCAUUAACGCACACCAGCGUUGGUCUUAGGGACGCAUUGGUUGGCGUAGACAUCCCAUUCGUCGAAGUGCACAUCAGCAACAUCCACAAGCGCGAAGCGUUCCGGCAUCAUAGCUAUCUCAGCGACAAGGCAGAGGCGGUCAUCUGUGGUUUGGGAACGUACGGCUAUGAGGCAGCGAUCGAAUAUGCUGCUAGGCACAUCAAACCAAAAGGGGAGGCGCAAUUAUAG